UUUUAUUUUGACAUGAAUACUAAACGUGCUCCAACUCGCUGGAGAGCGCAAAAGAUCCCUAACAGCUUAGAGAAGAAAACGGAGAAGAAGGAAAAAAAGAGGAACAAUAAACACUGAGUCGCUCUAAAGGUUUUGAAGGAUAUGGCAGAAGUGCAGAUUCGUCGCUAUGAGGAUGAUGAUGAAGAAGAUGUGAAGGAGAUCUUCACCCUUGGAAUGAGCGAGCAUGUGCCAUCCUCUUGCAUGCAUGUACUGAAACAGCCACCCACCCAGAUGUUGCUAGCAUGUGUUUUCUGUGCACUUCUGGCUAGCUCUAAGUCCAUCUUGCUGCCCAUCCUGGCUGUUACCCUGCUGCUUGCUGCAGGGCGCCAGGGAAUCAGUUACAUGUUCUCCAGAUACAUCCAAGUUUCCUUGCGUAAAGACCUUAACAAUAUCCGGGACACGUACCUAGAAACGCCCAACUCCUGCUUUUGGGUGGCCGAGUGCCAGGGUCGAGUGGUGGGCACGGUGGCAUGUCUCCCUGCAGAGCGCAAUGAGGGCUGCCUGGAGCUGAAGCGCAUGUCAGUGAAGCACUCACACCGUGGCAUGGGCAUUGCUAAAUCCCUGUGCCGUACUGUCACUGAUUUUGCUCAGCUGAAGGGCUUUCCAGCUGUAGUACUCUAUACUUCAGUUGUCCAGACAGAUGCUCAUAAGCUAUACGAGAACGUGGGUUACAAGAAGAUCCGAGAGUUUGUUGUGCCAGAGUUGGUUGCCAAGAUCACUAACUUUACUUUACUUGAGUACAGGCUUGACCUACAGCGGCCUGGAAACUAAAUGAGAUUGUGGUUCGCUUUAUUGAAACAAAAGUUGAUCCAUUCACUUAUCCUGUUCAUGUAUUUCAGUUAUAUCAGUGACCACUGUAAAUAUGUGAAUGUGGAAGGGGAUAGCUUUAAGAUUUUAUGUGUAUUGAAUCAUUCUGGAGUAAAGAAUAAAAUACUUAAAGUAUUUCUGUGCACAAUUAACUCAGAAUUCAGUUAUUAAUUAAAAUCAUGAACUCAGAUAUCCUGAGAUACAUAUCCCAAAAUUAUUCAAGUGCAACUUACCUCUGUUUUUCCUUAGAUUGCACUUUUGAUUGAAAUCUUCUGGCUUUAUGUAUAACCCAUUUGAAGUAUAUAUGUAAUGAUUUAGUGUUUUACGGCUCUUUUUAGGACUAAUCUUUUUAGGACUAAUCAACACAGUCUGUUGGGCAAAAAGGCACCUGUACAUGUUAACAGUAGUAAACAUAUUAACAGAUUUUUCUGCUAAUCUUCAUGUAAUUAUUGCCCUGACCAGAAGUAUGUAGCCGAACAAACAUUUAAUGAUGCAUAAUAUGGCUGUAAUUAAAACCUUUUUAUUCCACAAAAA